GAUCAGCUUUGGAGGAACGCAGAAACGUCGAAACCAGCACCCGGAAACCCAGACAAAGCACGAGCCACGCACGCCCCGCUGUCUCCCUCCCGCCGUCCCGCCGCCACCGCUACUGCCGGAGUCUCUCGCCACCGUCGUUGCUCUCCCGCCUUCACCGUGCCAACUCCCCUCCUUGCCUCCCCCGCGCUUCAGUCGCUCCACUCCCCAUCGCUUUCGCCUGGUCAGAUCCAGGUGUCCUUUGACCCAGACCGCGCCUGCCUUUCCCUCCGCUCGGAUUCUUCGCCGUCUUCGUUCCUACUGGGCGCCGCCGGGGUGGAGCGGAGAUCGGAUCCGCCAGGAGCUGAUUCCUUCUCUCGUAGUCUAGUUUGAUGCGGAUUCAUUCGCUGACCGGCAUAGCAUGAUCCUGCGGUGAUUGCGGUCGCGGAUAGCUUGUGCAAGCUGUUGGCUUGGGAGUUAUCUUUCUAAUCUGGCCUAAAGAAAUCCUGAGGCGGUAGCGUCACAUGGAUGCAAGUACGGAGGUUACUGAUGCUAUUGCUGCAGUGGGCAUUGACAAUGGGCCAACGGGGAAGUUGCCGCCCCGUGAUAGUGUAGGGGGGCACGCAGAAGAACACGACGUGCUGGCUGAUGGAACACAUUCGGGUGAGAGCGAGGUGAUCAACCCGUCUGAAGAAGUGGAAAUGGAAGCCACCUCGCAAUCCCAGGACAUAAAGCCCCGAGUUCCUGAGGGGGUUCAAGGCCAUUCACCGAAGGUUGUUACUAAAUCUCCGCGACAGAGCCCUCGGGGCGGGGAUAAGAGUGAAGCCAGGAAAAUCUCUCCCAGUCCUUAUCCUAAGGUGCCCAUCGCACGGGUUUCUGAUCUAGAUAUAGUUGAUAGCUCUUCGAGCAAUGGUGAUACUGGUGCCAGUAAGAAAAAGACUGAAAAGAGCAGUUUCCGCCCAAUUGCCAAGGAGAGCCUGUCACUUGAGGACUCAAAAGAGAAGAAUAAAACUCAGAAGGCAUCAAACCAACGCUCUGCCAAAAACGAUAUUGACGAAGAAUCAAAUGAAAGUGUGAAACCUCAAAGGGUGGGCAGCACUCCUUCAUAUGGAUUUAGUUUUAAGUGUGAUGAGAGAGCUGAAAAAAGAAGAGAGUUCUACUCAAAGCUCGAGGAGAAGAUUCAUGCACAGGAACUGGAGAAAAGCAACUUGCAGGCAAAAUCAAAGGAAACUGAAGAAGCUGAACUCAAAAUGCUGAGAAAGAGUUUAAAGUUCAAGGCAACACCAAUGCCCAGCUUUUAUAAGGAACCACCUCCUCCCAAGGUUGAGUUGAAGAAGAUCCCAACAACAAGAGCUCGAUCACCAAAGCUUGGUCGCUCCAAGAACACACCCUCAGGAGGGACAGAAGGAAAUUCAAACCCCCCAGCUCGUUCAGCUCGACUGAGUCUCGAUCAAAGGGUCCCCCAAAAUGGUGCCAAGAAAGCACCUGCUGCAAAUGCGGCGAAGAAGCCCCAACGGAAAUCUCUCCCUAAAUUGCCUUCGGAGCAAACAGCCAAAGUUGUUGACAUUGCAGCGUCUGUUCCAUCUGGAGAAGAGCUGGGGAAGAAGCCAUCGUUGACGGGUCUUGUUCGAGAGCCAAUCCGCGCGCAACUUACGCCUGAUGAACCUGGACUCAGCGUGUAGGAAAGGAACCUAUCAAGCCGACUCAUGAAAGAAGAGAGUUGUGCCUCAGCUUCCUUUAUCACACUUUGCUAUUUCUGCAUUAACUGCUGGCUGGUAUUAUGUACUAAAAUUAGUCUCAUCACCAGGAUGGAGUUGGGAGUUUGGAGAAUGGCAAGUGACCCCCGUGUAUUGUUUAUGCUAGUUUCUGUUGACAUACGAAGUGUUUGUAGUUGGCAAAUUUUUUCAGAUUAUCAUGUCUCCUAUCUCCAGGGCUCGGAGCCAAUUUUCUUGCCGUCGUAGAGAAGCCUUGUGAUUCGGUGCAUUAGUUCUUGCAGUUUGAUUU